ACUACAUACAUUCAUACAUACCAUUUUCCAAUAUUUAUUUUUAUAUAAAUAUAAAUAUAUAUAUUCAAAUUUCAAUAUUUAUUAAAUAAUCAGUUAAUUUUUCAAAUUAUCAUAUUUCCCCUAACCAAUGGCGGAUUCCGGCGGCUCAUCCACGGCGGCGAGAAUCUCCGUCGACGGCGGCGCCGGCCAUUAUAAAAAGCUUCCAAACUUCCUCCAAUCCGUACGCCUCAAGUACGUGAAGCUCGGCUACCAUUACCUCAUCUCCAACGCGAUGUAUCUCCUCCUCGUCCCCGCCGUCGGCGCUCUCUCCGUCAACAUCUCCGGCGACGGGGCGGCGCAGCUCUGGAACCACCUGCGGUUCAAUCUGGUGGCGGUGGCGGCGGCGGCGGCGGCGCUGGCGGCGUUCGUGGCGACGCUGUAUUUCAUGACGCGGCCGCGCCGCGUCUACCUGGUGGACUUCGCCUGCUACCGGCCGGCGGCGGCGGCGAUGUGCAGCAAGGAGGUGUUUAUGGAGCGGUCGAGGGCGGCGGAGACGUUUACGGCGGAGAAUUUGGAGUUUCAGAAGCGGAUUUUGGAGCGGUCGGGGUUAGGGCAGAAGACGUAUUUUCCGGAGGCGCUGCUUAGGGUUCCGGCGAAUCCGUGUAUGGCGGAGGCGAGGAAGGAGGCGGAGAUGGUGAUGUUCGGCGCGAUUGACGAUCUGCUGGAGAAGACGGGGGUGAGGGCGAAGGAUAUUGGGAUACUGGUGGUGAAUUGCAGCCUGUUCUGCCCGACGCCGUCGCUGUCCGCCAUGGUCGUCAACCAUUACAAGCUUAGAGGGAAUAUUCUGAGCUAUAAUUUGGGAGGGAUGGGUUGCAGUGCAGGGCUGAUCUCCAUUGAUUUGGCCAAGCAGCUCUUGCAGGUGCAACCAAACUCCUACGCUCUUGUAGUAAGCAUGGAGAACAUAACUCUCAAUUGGUACUUCGGAAACAAUCGAUCGAUGCUCGUUUCCAACUGUAUCUUCAGAAUGGGGGGCGCCGCAAUUCUCCUCUCAAACAAACCCUCUGACAAAAAACGAUCAAAAUACCAGCUCAUCCACACAGUCCGGACCCACAAGGGCGCGGACAACAAAAGCUACGGUUGCGUAUUCCAAGAAGAGGACGACGCCAAACAGGUCGGCGUCGCCCUCUCCAAGGACCUAAUGGCCGUAGCCGGGGAAGCCCUAAAGACAAACAUCACGACGUUAGGACCGUUGGUCCUCCCGAUGUCCGAACAACUCCUCUUCCUCUUCACCCUCGUCGCAAGAAAAGUGUUCAACAUGAAGAUCAAACCUUACAUCCCGGAUUUCAAGCUCGCAUUCGAACAUUUUUGCAUCCACGCGGGCGGGCGCGCCGUGUUGGACGAGCUAGAGAAAAAUCUCGAUCUGAGUCAGUGGCAUAUGGAACCUUCUAGAAUGACGCUCUACAGAUUUGGGAACACGUCGAGUAGCUCGUUGUGGUACGAGUUGGCGUACGCCGAGGCUAAGGGGAGAAUUCGAAAAGGCGAUCGGACAUGGCAAAUUGCAUUCGGGUCGGGGUUUAAGUGUAACAGCGCCGUGUGGAGAGCGCUCCGGCGCAUCGAUCCGACGGCGGAGAAGGUGAAGAAUCCAUGGAUGGAUGAGAUUGAUGAGUUCCCUAUUGAAGUGCCAAGAGUUACAAAGAUUGAUUGAUUAGAUCUAGAUCUUUGAGAGUAACUUUUGGUGUCAUUUUGGAUCUAAGAUGAUUUUUGGACAAAUUCAAGAUUAUGUUUUUAUGUGUUUUGGACAAGUUGUGGUGGCUUACUAUUACACAUUGGUUGUAGAGGUGGUUUUAUUAAGGAUGUAAUCAUCUAUCACCUUGUACAAUAUAUUGUACUUAUUAGUUUUUACUUCAAUGUCGUUAAUUGUUGAAGGGCUAUAGGACUUUUUAUUCUC